UUUUAUUAUAAUAUUGUAACGAUACAGACAUGACGCAAGAGCAAACCUUGUAACUUGUACCUGAUAAAACAUUAAUAAAUGAGCAAAAUCAUUAGUUACAAUUUGUAAAAAGCUGUGUUAUGAUUAUGAAUUAGGAGUGUUUCAUCCACUGAAAAAAAACUCUCUUAAUUACCCAACCAAAAACACGAUGAAUAUUGAAGAAAUUGCAAUAACUGUACCCUGGGGCCACCUAGCAGCCAAAAUAUGGGGCAACAGAAAUGACCCCCUCGUGCUCGUUUUUCACGGAAUUAUGGAUAAUGCCGGCUCGUUUGACAGAUUAAUUCCACUUCUUCCAAACUCAUUUUGCUAUGUUUGUUUUGAUUUACCGGGGCAUGGGAAAUCGAGCCAUUUCCCCCCAUUUUUCCCUGCAUACACUCUUAAUAAUGUUAUAGUGUACAAAUUAAUAAUGCAGUAUUUCAAAAAGGACAAAUACACAGUCUUGGGGCAUAGCUACGGGGGCCAGAUUGCGUUCUUAUUCGCCCAAUUGUACCCAGAAUAUGUGGAAAAAUUGAUCAUGUUGGACACUAUCCACUUAUUCCCCGUCCAUUCGGGCCAAUUCCGUCAAAACCUCAGGGACAAGAUGGACUUUUGCAUCGAUUUAGACAAGAAAAUGAAGACCGGGACCAGGCCCACAUACACUUACGCCGAGGCUUUGCAGAAGUUGCAAGAUCAAAGGGCCAAUGGAUACAUCAGUCGUGAAGCUGCUGAGGCUUUGCUGCAAAGGGCAAUCGAGAAAACCAACGACGGAAAAUACGCGUUCACAGUCGAUCAAAGAAUGAAACAAUUUAUAAACCCUAUUCACGAUUUCCGGUACAUGCUAGAAACGCUUAAAAAAUUCCCUGUCACUUGCCCAGUCUUGAUGAUUUUGGGGCGCGACUCCGAGCUACAGCAAAUCUACAUGAAAGGUGUUACAAACUUCCUGAAAAAAUAUAAAAACAUUCGGAUAAAAUACGUGGAUGGACACCACGAUGUUCACAAUAAUAGCCCCGAAAUUGUGGCACCACACGUGUCCAAGUUUUUGGUAAUGAAAAAAGCAAAAUUGUAAAUCUUGGGUAAAAUUUAAUUACAAUUAUACAUGGGUAUGAGGGGAGCAGCACUUAAUAAAAAAGACUGUGAUAGUCUCUUAGUAAAAACAAUUACAUGACACAUUUAUGCACUAACUAGGUAAUUAUGCAAAUUUUUUUACAUAUUCUUUUACCCUGAGACCGAUUUUAAAUAAAAAAAACCUGUUACGAAUUUGCGUAUUCUUGCAUAAAAACCUAAUGGGAAUACAAAAUACUACUUUGAAACGAAUUACAGCUAAACAUCACAGUUUCUUGUACACAUUAAACAAAGACAAUUAAUCACAAUACAGUUUUAAAUAUCCUUCGAGUCUCAUAAUGUGAAUCAUCACUUUUUCUCCAGUUUUAACUAUUUUCGGGUUAUUGAGAAGAAGUGUGCAGGCCCUAUCAUAAUGCGUACUGUUUAAAGUAUUAAAUACGUUGUUUUCAUCAUCA